AUGCUGCGAGGUUACACGAGGCAUAAAGUAACAACCACACAGGCUGUUAUCGGUGCAAUCACGCUCCUGGUGGUGGCAGGGGCUAUUUACUAUCCACGGAGACGCGGGCGUCGACAAGUGUCUCAGAAAAAGUCUCGGGGACCUGCUAGUAACUCGCAGGAACGGAAUGACGAUCAAAAGGAGAUUCCUGAAGAAGAGGGCACUUCCGUCCUUGACAUGGCAACAAGUAUUUUAGAAACCACCAGCCAGGCGAUUAUAGAUGUGGCCAUGCCAGCUGCUAAUGACACCAACGAAUUAAUUGGCAAGUUGUUCAGUCUCGACUACUCAUUUUCGCUGUCGACAGUGUCCUUGGGCAUGCCGGAACUCCCCUCUGUUACUGACGUCAACGAUCGUCUUUACGACGUGUAUGUGUCGCAGCUGGAGAACCUGCGUGAAAUGUAUCUUCGCUGCUGGGAAAUCCUAUCGUUGCAAGAUUUUCGAAAGUUGGUUGAGGAGACUAGGCUGGAAGAUCAGGAUGCGUCGGUGCAUCCGGAAGUGGAGUGGGAUGCCUACGUGCGUGAGGGAUCAGAUUUGCCAAAGGAGGAGUUGAAAUAUAUAAAGUUGCGAAAGGAACGGCAGCGGGAAGCGUUUGCCCGAUUCAUUGGCGUCGAUCCUUUAGAAGUAGAUGUCCGAGAUAUUCCUGUCGUGGGAAUCGCUUCAAGUGGUGGCGGCUAUCGUGCUAUGGUAGCGAGCUCUGGUUAUUUAAAGGCAAUGAAGGACGAAGGUCUGCUUGACUGCGUGAUGUAUAUGGCAGGCAUUUCCGGAUCUACAUGGGGAAUGGCGCAGUUGUACAGCUCUCUUACGGAUGCUUCACUGGAGACAUUGGCCGAUCAUUUACGGAGUCACAUCCACACGCAUAUUGCCAAUCUUUCGAAUUUCCUAACGGUGCUGAAUGCUUCAAAUCACAACAUGAAGAUGCUGAUGCAAGGUAUCAUUCAGCGGUACUAUCAACAGAACGGAGCGAUUAGCCUUGUCGAUAUUUUUGGCGCACUCUUGGGUGGCACCUUAUUGACCAAAAAGGAGACCAUUGUGCAAGCUGAUGAUAACAGCACACGUACCAUGCACAAAGAGUAUUCAGAGGAAAUUGAACGUGAGGAUAUUGGAGAGCAGAGCCGUGUCAGUGACGGCACUUUGGAAGAUGAGGAUGGGGCCAAAAUUCGACCGCGAUUUAUGGAAAGAACCGAUGUCAAACUCUCCAAGCAACGACGCUACAUCGAGGAUGGUUCCAUGCCGAUGCCUAUUUACUGCGUUGUACGACAUGAAGUCAAAGAAAUUGAGCAAGCAGAAGAUAAUCAUAAUCCUGAGGAUACGGAACGUCAAAGGGAACAUACAAGCGAUGAGGAAGAAGAGGAUGAAGAUAACGAUCGUUAUCAGUGGUUUGAGUUUACUCCGUAUGAAAUGGGAAGCGAAGAGUUGGAUGUAUGGAUCCCUGUGUGGGCUUUUGGCCGCAAGUUUGAAAAUGGAAAGAAUACAACGAAAUUACCUGAACAAACCUUGGGUGUUAUGAUGGGCAUGUUUGGCUCUGCUUUUGCAGCGAGUCUUUCACACUUUUACCAGGAAAUUCGCAAUUUCCUACCCGAGGCCGCGCAACAAAAGAUGGAUGAAACAGUCAUGGCAUACGAGUACGCCAUGUCCACCAUGCAUCCUAUUUCUCCUGCUACUUUUCCCAACCCUUUCUACAAACUGCCUCCGAAAGAAGACGACGAUCCGCGCGGCGUGAAGCGAACCGAGUCUUUGGUGUCCUCGGAACAGUUAUGCUUGAUGGACGCUGGUAUGGACAACAACCUUCCAUUUUAUUCGUUGCUGCGGAAGGGUCGGAAUGUCGAUGUCAUUUUGACACUGGAUCUGAGUGCCGACAUUGAUUCGUCCGAUUAUUUUGAACGCGCUGAAGGCUACGCGAAGCGUCGCGGUAUUGAAGGCUGGCCAGUUGGAGCGGGAUGGCCUAAAACCAGUAUCGAAAAAGCAGUCGAGACAGCAGACGGAGGUGUGGAAAAGGCAACGUCCGAAUUUCAAGAAAAUACCAAAGCGUCCAAUCCGACUGGCGAGCCACAGGAUGACAGCUCACGACGUCGCUAUGAGUUACCCACCUGCACCGUCUUUGCCUCAACGGCAUCGGAAACGGUGCAUGUGAAUGACAAGGAAACGAACAACAAUGAAAAACACACGGUUACCAGUUAUCCUGACCACAUGAACCCAAUUACAGUUGUUUAUUAUCCACUGAUUGUAAACGAUAACUACGAUCCGGAAUUCGAUCCACAGACGGCCGAAUUCUGCAGUACGUGGAAUUUUGUCUACACAGCAGAGCAAGUGGCGAAACUGUCAGAUUUAGCAGAAGCCAACGUCAAAGAUAACAUUGACAAAACCAGACAAGUGUUGAAAGCUGUUUGGGAAAGAAAAAGAAAAGAGAGAAUAAACCAGGCGUAA